CUGACGUCGGUGGCGACACGUGGAUGCAAGAUGGCGGCGGCGCUGGAAAGGCUAAGGUACUUGCUGGUUUUGCUGCCGUUGCUUCCUGGUACAGACUCCUUCUACGUACCUGGCGUGGCUCCUAUCAACUUCCAUCGGAAUGAUCCUGUGGAAAUUAAGGCUGUGAAGCUCACCAGUUCCCGAACCCAGCUCCCAUAUGAAUACUACUCAUUGCCCUUCUGUCAGCCCACCAAGAUAACGUACAAGGCUGAGAAUCUAGGUGAGGUUCUCCGGGGAGAUCGGAUUGUAAAUACGCCUUUCCAGGUUUCCAUGAGCGUGGAGAAGAAAUGUGAGGUUCUGUGCAACCUUCCCAAUAAGCCAGUUACUCUGACGGUGGAGCAGAGCAAGCUGAUCGCUGAGCGAAUCAGGGAAGAUUAUUAUGUCCAUCUCAUUGCUGAUAACCUCCCUGUGGCAACACGGCUGGAGUUUUAUUCAAGUCGUGAGGAAGAGGAAAAGAAGAAGGAGAAGGAUGUCCAGUUCGAGCAUGGCUACAGGCUUGGGUUUAUGGACGGUAACAAGUUCUACCUGCACAACCACCUCUCCUUCAUCCUUUACUACCACAGAGAGGAUGUGGAAGAGAACCAGGAGCCCACGUACAGGGUUGUGCGCUUCGAAGUGAUCCCCCAAAGCAUUAAACUGGAAGACCUGAAGGCUGAUGAGAAGGGUCUGUGCACCCUGCCCGAAGCUACGGGCUCUGCUCCUCAGGAAAUAGAUCCUUCUAAAGAGAACCAGCUGCUCUUCACCUACUCUGUGCAUUGGGAGGAAAGUGACAUUAAGUGGGCUUCCCGCUGGGACACAUACCUGACCAUGAGCGAUGUGCAGAUCCACUGGUUCUCCAUCAUCAACUCAGUCGUGGUCGUCUUCUUCCUUUCAGGUAUUCUCAGCAUGAUCAUCAUCCGCACCCUCCGGAAGGACAUUGCCAACUACAACAAGGAAGAUGACAUUGAAGAUACCAUGGAAGAAUCCGGUUGGAAACUUGUUCAUGGAGAUGUCUUCAGGCCUCCACAAUAUCCUAUGAUCCUCAGUUCUCUCCUGGGUUCUGGGAUUCAGCUCUUUUGUAUGAUCCUGAUCGUCAUCUUUGUGGCCAUGCUGGGGAUGCUGUCGCCUUCUAGCCGGGGUGCGCUGAUGACUACUGCCUGCUUCCUCUUCAUGUUCAUGGGGGUUUUUGGUGGAUUCUUUGCUGGCCGCUUAUACCGGACUCUGAAGGGGCACAGGUGGAAGAAGGGAGCUUUCUGUACAGCUACUCUGUAUCCGGGCGUAGUCUUUGGCAUCUGCUUUGUGCUGAACUGCUUCAUCUGGGGGAAACACUCCUCUGGAGCGGUGCCUUUCCCCACUAUGGUGGCCUUGCUGUGCAUGUGGUUUGGGAUCUCCUUGCCCUUGGUCUACCUGGGUUACUACUUUGGAUUUCGCAAGCAGCCGUAUGACAAUCCUGUCCGGACCAACCAGAUUCCAAGGCAGAUCCCGGAGCAGAGGUGGUACAUGAAUAAAUUUGUCGGGAUCCUUAUGGCUGGUAUUCUGCCUUUUGGAGCCAUGUUCAUCGAGCUGUUCUUCAUUUUCAGUGCAAUCUGGGAGAACCAGUUCUAUUACCUCUUUGGCUUUCUCUUCCUGGUGUUCAUAAUCCUGGUGGUGUCGUGCUCUCAGAUCAGCAUCGUCAUGGUCUACUUCCAGCUCUGUGCCGAGGAUUACCGCUGGUGGUGGAGGACCUUCCUGGUGUCUGGAGGAUCUGCCUUCUAUGUGCUCAUUUAYGCCGUCUUCUACUUUGUGAACAAGCUGGAUAUCGUGGAGUUCAUUCCCUCCUUGCUGUACUUUGGCUACACCGCCCUUAUGGUCUUGUCCUUCUGGCUCCUCACGGGGACCAUUGGCUUCUAUGCAGCCUACAUGUUUGUGCGGAAGAUCUACGCGGCCGUGAAAAUAGACUGAGGAAGCAGAGCCGGCAGAAAGUAGACACCUUCAUACGCGUGUCCUCUUGGCAGUGAAGGGGGCAGCUUCUCCCCACUCUUUUAAGGAAACAAACCCAGUGGGAGAGUGACGAGAGAAAUAAACAACUCCUCAUUUUGGAAUGUACCUUUUGGCACAGUCUACAUGGAUUCUGGGCUACUUCUGGGGGGAAGAGGGGUCUGUAGAUACCUUGCAUUUUAACUUUAUUAUCCUACUCCAGUUUUGAGAGUUUGUUUUUU